AUGACUAUCCAAACAAUUUACAACAAUUAUAAACGCGCCCGAGACGGAGACCACUUCACUUCUACUGCUACGCUCAAUUUCGUUCCAACAUCCGUUUUUAUCUAUUCAUAUGACUCUGUUCGCUCGUUUCUCACAAACGCAUACGACCCAAACACCAUAUCCAUAAAAGAAAAGGUUAAAAAUAUGGUUAUAUCAGCAGAUACCAUUGUCGAAGAAACUGAAGCUACAAUUACCUUUAUUUCUGGAGAAUGUUUCUGGAUGUUUGGACAUGAAAUGGAUGUGGACAAAGACGCCGUCAAGGGAAAGAAAAUCACUGUGGAUAUGGUCACUUUUAUUAGGUUCGAGUAUGAUAAGAUUCAAAGCGUUCGGAUGUAUUGGGAUCAGUUGAGCGUCAUGAGGCAGAUCGGGUGUGAGAGUUGGGUGGACGUUUGCGAAAAUGAAAAAAGUAACGAGUAUGUGAGGAAGAGGCAGGAUCGGAAUAGUGCUCUGACUAUGAGUGACGAUGAUUCUGUUGGGAAUAGUGAAGUAGCCGGUAAUUGGAUUUUUGUCAGACCAAAGAUGUGGUUUAAAGCUUCAUGGUGA